AGUAAGACGGGAGUGUCCGUCCCCCCUUUGAUGAGACUAUCGCAGAUGUGUGGUGUUGAAUACAGAGUGAUUCGUCUCACGCGAGUUUCUAAGUUCAUGGGAGUUGUGUUCACGAUGGAUUGCUCGAUACUUGUUGCACGAAUCAACGAUAACCGAUUACAAGCGUUUAUUCUUCAUUAUUACUCAUUCUAGAUAAAGCUUGAAUAGUUUUAAGCGAUCGAGAAUGAGGAAGUAUCGUGAACGUCGUCGUCGUCGUCGCCGUCGCUGUUAUUGUUACUGACCAUUAUUCUUCGUUGUUGAUAGAAAUAGUACACAUUGUUUUUGGAUUGUGUUUAUUUACAAGAUAUUUUUGUAAGAUCGUGCGUUACCGCCGAAUAUUGUGCGCUUGUGUUAAUACAACAUACAUACAUACAUACAUUCAAACAUCAUACGCACACACACACACACACAAAAUAUAUAUUAUAUAUAUAUAUAUAUAUAUAUCAUAUAGUAUACACACAUGUAUGUAUUUUAUUCGUCUUUUCGAGUGUGACAUAUUAAACAAAUUUGAAACAAUGGGUAGCGUGCAAAGUCGUAGCAACGAAAGUGACGUUGGUGUAAGGGAGGUAUUUCAUGGGGCUAUCAAAGACGGAUCCUCUCAGCAUUCUUAUCAGCCGACAAGUCAUGGUAUCGGAGCUUUGGCCGGAUUACAUGCGAAAAGUGGCAGCGUCCGUGGUGCACCAAGGCAACCGAUGCCGGAUGCCAUAGAGCUUGAAAGACGGUUUACCAAAGUCUUGGCAUCUAUGGAUCUACCACCGGAUAAAGCAAAACUUUUGAAACAGUACGAUAACGAGAAAAAGUGGGAUAUCAUAUGCGAUCAGGAAAGGGUGCAAGCGAAAGAUCCACCAUCGCAUUACUUGGCAAAAUUGCGUACAUACUUAGAUCCAAAAGCGUCAAGAAGUCAUCGAUCGUAUCGUUUCCUUACAUUCUUUCAGAAAAGAAAAAUGGUCGGAGAGUCAACGUCGACCCAAGUACUUCGAGAUUUGGAAAUCUCCUUGCGUACGAAUCACAUAGAGUGGGUAAGGGAAUUCUUGGACGAGGAGAACCAAGGACUGGACGCGCUGAUAGAUUAUCUUAGCUUCAGAUUACUUAUGAUGAGACACGAGCAACGUCUUUUGGAAUCUCAUACAAAUUCUGAAGAAAAAUUGCAGACCAUUGAAACAGGCGGUUCUACACAUUUAAACAAUGGAUGUUUAAGACCAUCUCUUCACGAACUUAAAGACAGUCCAAGUGUAAAACGCAGAUCCAGACAUGUUGCUCGUUUAAAUAUGGGCGAAGCUAAGGAUGAUAUUCAUGUUUGCAUACUUUGUAUGCGUGCCAUUAUGAAUAACAAGUAUGGUUUUAAUAUGGUUAUACAACACAGAGAAGCAAUUAAUUGUAUCGCACUUAGUUUAAUGCACAAAAGUUUAAGGACAAAAGCUUUAGUCUUGGAACUUCUUGCGGCAAUUUGUUUAGUGAAAGGUGGUCAUGAAAUUAUUUUAUCGGCGUUCGAUAAUUUCAAAGAAAUUUGUAUGGAAAGGCGAAGAUUUACUACGCUCAUGACUUAUUUUACGCAGUACGAUAGUUUCCAUAUAGAAUUCAUGGUUGCCUGCAUGCAGUUCGUGAAUAUAGUAGUUCAUUCUGUGGAAGACAUGAACUUCCGAGUACACCUGCAGUAUGAAUUCACAAAGUUAGGCCUCGAUGAAUAUUUAGAGAAACUUAGACAUACAGAAAGCGAAGAUUUACAAGUUCAAAUCUCAGCUUAUCUAGACAAUGUAUUUGAUGUUGCUGCUUUAAUGGAAGACAGCGAAACGAAGACUGCGGCAUUAGAAAAAGUAGCUGAAUUAGAAGAUGAACUUGGUCAUGCACACGAUAGAAUGGCUGAGUUAGAACGAGAGUCUUUAGCUAAAUUAGCAGAAUUAGAGACUGAAUUAGGUGCAUUGAAGAUAGAAUACAUAGAAGUUUCGGAAGCGCGUAGAAUAGCGGAGGAGGAACUCACUGCACUCAAACGACAAAAACAAGAUUCUGCGCGUAGGCAAAGUGUUUUGGAAAAUAAGAUAAUUGAAUUGGAGACCCUUACUGGAACUCUCACGAAAAGUUCGUCAGCCAAUAUGCGAAAUGGAAGUGCAGUGAGUCCUUUAAACAAUCCUGAUAAUUUCGGUGCGGAGAAUACUAUAUCAUCUGGACUAAGUACAGAACAACUGUCAACGUCAGAAGAAAUUAAUAAUUUGACGCCAGCUCCACCUCCUCCGCCUCCACCACCAUGUCCACCACCACCACCUAUGGCACCUCUUUCACCAGGCGAUCACAAGUUACCACCACCUGCACCUGUACCACCACCACCAGCUGGCAUGAUGCAAGCACCUGAUGGAGCAAUGACAAUUAAAAGAAAAGUACAAACAAAGUACAAAUUACCUACCCUCAAUUGGAUCGCAUUAAAACCGAAUCAAGUACGAGGCACUAUCUUCAAUGAAUUGGAUGAUGAUCGAUUACAUAAUUACAUAGACUUUUCCGAUUUUGAAGAAAGAUUCAAGAUUGGUAUGAGUGGGCAUGUAGCUAAUGGCAAUAAUGAAUUGGAUGGCCUACAAAGCUUUCCUAGUAAAAGAUUUAAAAAACCUGAAAAUGUGUCCCUUUUGGAACAUACGAGAUUGCGAAACAUUGCAAUAUCACGUAGAAAGAUGGAGAUGCCAGUGGAAAAGGUAAUAAUGGCCGUAAAUGCUCUUGAUUUGAAGGUACUUUCGCUUGAAAAUGUAGAAUUAUUACAGCGCAUGGUUCCAACUGAUCAAGAGAUAAAAGCUUACCGUGAAUAUAUUAUCGAAAAGAAGAAUAUAAAUCUUUUAACCGAAGAGGAUAAGUUUUUGAUGCAAUUAGGAAAGGUAGAAAGAAUAUCGACUAAGCUUUCAAUUAUGAAUUAUAUAGGGAACUUUUUUGAUAAUUUACAUCUUAUUACGCCACAAAUACAUGCUGUGAUAUCUGCAUCAAGUACUGUGAAAGGUUCGAAGAAAUUGAGAGCAGUUUUAGAAAUCAUUCUUGCUUUUGGAAACUAUUUAAAUAGUAGUAAACGUGGGCCUGCUUAUGGAUUUAAAUUACAAAGUUUAGAUACGUUAUUAGACACAAAGUCUACAGAUAAAAGGAUGUGCCUUUUACAUUAUAUUGUAGCAACUAUACGUAUCAAAUUCCCAGAACUCAUUAAUUUCGAUUCAGAACUCAUGUAUAUUGAUAAAGCUGCAACAGUUUCUCUUGAAAAUAUUAUAACCGAUGUUCAUGAAUUGGAAAAGGGCAUGGAUCUUGUAAGGAAAGAAUUUGAACUGCGUGGCAAAGAAAAACAUAAUACGGUAUUACGCGACUUUUUAAAUAAUUCAGAAGAAAAAUUACGUCGAUUGAAAUCUGAUGCUCGAGCUGCGGGUGAAGCUUUUAGAGAAUGCGUUGAAUAUUUUGGCGAGAGUCCCAGACAAGCUGAUGCAAAUACCUUCUUUUCACUUCUUGUUAGAUUCGCAAGAUCUUUUAAGGCAGCGGAUCAAGAAAAUGAACAACGUCGUAGAUUAGAAGCUGCUGCUGCGGAAGCUUUAAAUACAUCCGAGCAAGUUAUUAAACGAAAUAAAUUGAAUCAGAAGAAACAACAGGAUGCUGUCAUAAAUGAACUCAAGAAUAAAACCAGGCUGGUUCAAGAGAAGAAACUUUUACAACAAGAUGAAGUGUAUAAUGGUGCUCUAGAAGAUAUACUUCUUGGUCUUAGAUCAGAACCAUAUCGUAGAGCAGAUGCUGUAAGACGUAGUCAACGUAGACGAAUUGAUAAUCACAGACUUUCCCGCACUGCCGAAGAACUUGAAUUUUAAGUGAGAAUAAGAUAUAGAUCAGAUAUUUAAUAAGUCUUAUCUAUUAAAAAUAAUCUAACUGUUUAAAGAAUAUUACAAAUUUCUAGCAGAUAAUUUUUUUUAAACAUACUAGGCUGAAAAUAUAUAAUAUUCAAAAAUUUAGUAAAUAAUUACGCACAAAUCAAUGUGAUGUUAAAAUUUAAUGAAUAACGAAAUGUAUUUCUUAAUAGAUAAAUUUUUGAUAUGUGUUUUCUAACGCCUCAUAAAACUGAUAUUGAAAAUAAUUUUUAUAUGAAUAUACCAACUAUUUGUAAUAAGUUUGAAGCAUAAUAUUUGAAUCAUAUUAUAUAUUUAAAAUUCAAUGGUUUAUCUGAUAGUGGGGGUGCUAUUUUCAAUUUUGUUUAUAAACGUUCUUAUGCAUAAAUGAUAUUUAUGCUCAUACACCUUUAUAUUAUUCAUUAAAGACAUGGAAACAUAAUUUUUUAUAAAACACAUACUAUAAUUUUUGAAAAUAGAGGAGUUGCGAAGCACUUUAUUCCAGCGAAAUUACAAAUAGUAUAUAUAAUUAUAAUACCUAAGAUGUAAAAAGUAUAAUUAUUAUACAAAGUCUUUAUAUUAUGAGUAAAAAGUAAGACAUAUACCAUCGAAGAAGGAAAAAAUUAUGAAAUAGACAUCUUGUAAUUUCUCAACCCUGAUGUAACAGCGAAGAAUGAUAUUACUGCUAAAUUGUAAUGAAAAAAAAAAAAAAUCCUACAAUUGUAUACAUAUAUAAAAAAGUUCAUUAUUAUAAUUUAUUGGUUACUAUUAUAUAUAUCAUGCAUUUAAAUUUUCCUAUGGAUAAAUGGCAUUUAAUUCUACCAAUUAUUUAACGAUUUAUUUCACAUUGGAAUUAAUGAUACAUACUAUAAGAUUACAAACCAAAAGUAUUUAUUGUUUUUUUUUAUAUAUAUUCUAUUGUGCAACUAAUGACUACUUUUUUGACAACAUUCCACAGAUUACACUAGAACAGUGUUUUAUUAGUCAUAUUAUAAGGCUCGUAUGCAGGUCUAUUCUGUGAUUAUAAAAGUGUAAUGUGGUAUGUUUAUAGUUUUCCAUUGUGGAAUAUUAAAAAUAUACUUACGUAUAUAUAUAUAUAUAGAGUGUUGAAUUAAUCAGUGGUUGUUUUGAGAUUACAAGAAAAUUAUUUUGUCGUCUUAUCUUUCUAAGAUAAGAUUAAAAAAAAUUCAUAUUUUAGAAUAUAAUAUUACUGAAACAAAGAUAGUGAUUUAAAUAUCAUUGGACUUUUUUAUGCAUAUAGAUGCUAUUUUUGUACUAUAUGAAAAAGAAUGGCUGGUAUGACACCUAUUACAUUACAUUCCUUUGAAAUCACAUACCAUACUUGAGUUAUUUAUAGCGUAAUAAAAGUAUAGCGAUAUACAUUGUACUUUACAAGCAUGUCUGAUGAUAUAUUUAUUCAUUCAAAGUUUUUCUUAAACAAAUUUUCUUAAACGGACAAUAUUUGCAAUUUUGAUAUAUACAUAAUUUUUAGAAACUAUAUUAGAUUGAAUAUACAUCUAUAAAGAUAUAAAUAAUAUCAUUUAACAUCAGUCAAGAUAGUCACAUAUAUUUAAAACUAUGUCUAUAAUGCAAUACUAUAUUCACUUUUUAUAUGUUUUGGAUAUAUAGUAUUAGGAGAAAAACAAAAUGUGUAAAUAAUGUUGUAAUAUAUGAAACAUUUCAUUAUAAAAUAAUGUAAUUAUAUUAUUGCUUAAGCUUAAAUUACCAAUGUGAUGUUUACGUAAAAUAUUCGUACAUUACAUGUGCUCUACUUCUUGUCGAUAUUGUAAUACUUGAGAUAUAGUAUGUCGAAAUUGGAUUAUAUGAUUUUUAAAUAAUUAGUUAUAAAUAUUUUGUAUUGUUUGUUUUGCUCGAAAUUGUAUGCAUUUAAGUGUGUUUCUAUUUGGAUCAUUAUAAAAAAAUUAACAUAUAAUUUAUAUGACUAUCGAUGAUCCAUGACAUAUGACAUCGAUUAUUAAUACAUAUUAUUCUGAAUUU